GGGAAGGGGAGGGGGCCCCGAAAGAAAUAGGAAUAAAUUUUAGUAUAUUUUUUGGGGUGUGCGUGUGAGUGAGUGAGCGGGAGUGUGCGUGCCGGCGCGCGCGCGCCCUUUUGCAAUUCCAAAAUUAAUGGCCAUGAGUUCGUUCUUGAUCAACUCCAACUAUGUGGACCCCAAAUUCCCACCAUGCGAAGAAUAUUCCCAGCACGAUUACCUUCCCAGUCAUUCUCCGGAAUAUUUCGGCGGCCAGAGGCGAGAGGAGAACUCUUUCCAACCCGAGGCGUUGUACCCAGCGCGGUCCGCCUGUAACCAACCAUCCUAUCCUCCAUGUCAGGGCUCUGGGCACCCAGCAUCGGUCCUAUCUCCCAGGAGUCAGCGUGUCCAUGCUCCAGCUGGACUUCAAAACCAUCUCUCCGAACCAAACCACACUUGCGAAUCCAUCACGCCAAGCCCACCGCCUUCCUGUAGCCAAAACUCUCUCAACCAAAGCCCGUCCUCUUGCAAAGAACCGGUAGUUUAUCCUUGGAUGAAGAAGGUUCAUGUUAGCACGGUCAACCCCAACUACGCGGGAGGGGAGCCGAAGCGUUCCAGAACAGCAUAUACCAGGCAGCAAGUCUUGGAGCUGGAGAAGGAAUUCCACUACAACCGCUACCUCACCCGGAGGCGGAGGGUGGAAAUCGCCCACUCGCUUUGCCUGUCCGAGCGCCAGAUCAAGAUAUGGUUUCAAAACAGGAGGAUGAAAUGGAAAAAGGACCACAAAUUGCCCAAUACUAAGAUCCGUUCCAAUUCUGCCGCCAGCCUCUCGGCGCAAGGCGCGGGAGGAGGUGCCCAGGACCGAACCAAUGGACCAACCCCAAACCCCACCGCCACCCCAAACACCGCCACCCUAUAACUGGCCUUUGAGUGUGGCGGCCCGCGAGUGUGUGCGUG